CUCACCACCGUACGAGGGAUCAGAGACAGCGGUAAGCGCGCACUAUUCGCCCAGGCUCGGAUAAGGAGGGGGACGAUGAUGAUGGGUUGACCGCGAGAGGAAGAGCGCACACCUGAAACAGACACCUGAAGCAUGGAGCCCAACAAAGUUCUCCAUUUCGUGCCGUCGGAGGCGCCGCAUACUGGGAUGUCCAAGAAUGGAUACUUCUUCCAGGAGAUGGAGCUGCGGGAAGAGGAGCAGGAUGACGGCUGUGAGGGGCGGGAGGAAGGGCAGGACUCACCAAUCGCCUGCGCCGACGACAUCCAUCUCUACGGGAACCAGAUACACCCCGCCUCAGAUUCAGACGACUCAGGAUGUGUGUUGCUGAACACUUCGAGAAAAUACGUGAAGCUGAUGAACUUCGAGGAGGAAGUGCGUGCUCACCGGGACCUAGACGGCUUCCUGGCGCGCGCCAGCAUCCUAUUGGACGAGACGGCGGCGUCGCUGGACGAUGUGCUGAAGAGGAUGCUGCGUCACGUGGGGCAGGACCGGCACACGGCCGAGCCCAGCUGCAACUUUGAGGAGCUCAUGAGCAUGCUGUUCACCGACGCCGGGACCCAGGAGGUCACUGUGCACCUGCUCUCCGAGACCAUCCAGGGGGUCACCGCCACGGCAACGGGAGUUCACUACCAGCAGUCGUGGCUCGCUAUCCUCUGCAAUGUGAAGAGUCUGCAGAGGCGGCACGUCUGCAUCUCCCGGCUGGAGCGGCCGCAGAACUGGGGGGAGAACUGCUGUGAAGUGCGCUACGUCAUCCUGGUCCUGGCCCCCCACAAAAUGAAAAGCACAAAGACAGCGAUGGAGCUGGGUCGGACCUUCGCCACCAUGUUCUCUGACAUCUCCUUCCGCCAGAAGCUCCUGGAGACCAAGACGCAGGAGGAGUUCAAGGAGGCUCUGGUGAUGCAGAGGCACCAGUUAACGGCAGCCAAUCAGAAGCCCACCGCUGUGGAGGAGGAGACAGACCCUCACAGCCACAAGCCGCUCGUGUGUAAGGACUUCCUGAAGGCAGGCCGGGGGAUAUAUGAGGACUUGUGCCGUCGGCUGCCGCUCUACCCCUCGGACUUCACAGAUGGUAUCGUCGGGAGCAACAAGACCCUGCUGAAGUACUUCACCACCGCCAUUUUCCUCUACAUCGCCAUCCUGCUCCCCGCCAUCGCCUUCGGUUCUCUGAAUGACGAAAGCACGCGCGGCGAGAUCGACGUGCAGAAGACCAUCAUCGGGCAGUGCAUCGGAGGGGUGAUCUACUCCCUGCUUGCUGGGUCUCCUCUCGUCAUCCCCCUCACCACCGCCCCCCUCGCCAUCUUCAUCAGCGUGAUCCGAGGCAUAUGUGAUGACUACGACCUUGACUUUGCGGCCUUCUACGCCUGCAUCGGCCUGUGGAACAGCCUCUUCCUCAUCCUUGGCGGAGUCUUCAACGUCAGCCUCCUCAUGAAGCUCUUCAAACGGUCUACAGAGGAGGUAAUCGCCCUGUUCAUCUCCAUUGCCUUCGUGGGAGACGCUGUGAAGGGAACCGUAAAGAUUUUCCAUAAGUGUUACCACAACCCAGUCCUGGGGAACCUGAGCGUAGGAGGGGUGCACCGCCUGCAGGGGGCGCUGAUGCAAGACGGUCUGACCAACACCACGGGGGGCGCGGCCAACUCCACGGGGGGCGGAGUCCUGCCCCCGUUUGCGGAGGUCAUCGUGCAGUGCACCCGCGACCGGCCCGUGCUCUGCCUGCUGCUCACGCUGGGCACCCUGUGGCUCGGCUACACGCUGUACCAGUUCAAACGGAGUCCCUUCCUCCACGCCAAAGUCCGAGAGGUGCUGUCGGACUGCGCCCUGCCCAUAUCCGUCCUCAUGUUCUCCUUCGUGGGCUCCUACCUGUUCAGGGCCAUCUCGCUUCCCGUGUUCAACUUCCACAACGGGCCCAUGUUCAACGUGGCACCCUUCGAGAAGCUGUCGGGCCUGAACAUCCUGAGCGCCAUGGGCCUGGGCUUCCUCCUGGCCCUGCUCAUCUUCAUCGACCAGAACAUUGUGGUGUCGCUGACCAACGCCCCCGAGAACAGGUUACUGAAAGGCACAGCGUAUCACUGGGACCUGAUGCUCUCGGGGUUUAUAAACAUCCUGAUGUCGGUGCUGGGGUUGCCAUGGAUGCACGCGGCGUUCCCCCACUCCACGCUGCACGUGCGCCAGCUGGCCUAUGUGGAGCAGAGGGUGGAGGGCGGCCAUCUUUACGAGACUAUUGUGAGUGUGAAGGAGACGCGGCUCACCUCUCUGGCGGCGAACAUCUUCAUCGGGGUGUCGGUGUUCCUGCUGCCCGUGCCGCUGCAGUGGAUCCCCAAGCCCGUGCUGUACGGCCUGUUCCUCUACAUCGCCCUCACCUCCAUCGACGGCAACCAGAUGUGUGACCGCAUGGCGCUGCUGCUCAAAGAGCAGACCUCCUACCCUCCCACCCACUAUAUCCGGAAGGUUCCUCAGAGGAAGAUCCACUACUUCACUGCUCUGCAGAUGCUGCAGCUGCUGGUCCUGUGUGCGUUUGGCAUGUAUCCGCUGCCCUACAUGAAGAUGAUCUUCCCCCUGCUCAUGAUCCUGCUCAUACCCAUCAGGAACAACAUCCUGCCCAAAAUUAUCGAGGCCAAAUACCUGGACAUCAUCGACUCCCAGCACAUGUGAAAAGCACAGGCCCCCUUUUCACCAACGCCAGCCAGGAAGCAAAGUGUCUCUCCCCAAACCGCACAGCCCUGAGGAAGUGUACUGUAGGUCACCAGCAUGAAGCUGUUUCUGGAACCCAGCAGAUUUCCUGGCUGUUGCAUCUUCCCCUGUCUGUCUGUCUGUCUUUCCCUCACUCUGUGUCUGGUCGUUUCAAAUUAUUUGUCAGGUUGCUCAGGCAGAUUUUAAAGAUUGUUUAAAAGGGUUGUUGUGAACUCCCGUGUGUGUGCCCCCACCCCCCCUUACACACACACUCAUAUCUGUGUGCACAUACAGACCUACACAUUUACCCAUACAUGUGCACACACACAAACACACUUUCAUGCAGAGCAAAAAAUAAAUAAAAAUAGUCACAAAUACAUAUGGAUGGACACAGGUCUGUUUAUGUGCAUCUUUACCCAGAAUUCCUGCAUUUCUAAAUAUUUAAUGACAUCAUCGGGAGAACGUUACAGGCGAGGCUUCCAGCUGUACUUCUCAACAAUAUGCCAAAGCAAUACCUUCACAAACAAAAUUUUAAAUAAAUAUGAUAAGAAAUGUAUGUAUUUUUGGAAUGUAUCCUCUUUAAUUCGGUUAUUGAUUCAGAUGUGACGGGAGCAGAUUCCCUCUUUUCUCGUGGUUUUGAAGGAAGGAGACACACAGUCUCUCCGAGUCAGAGAUGUGCCUGAGAAUCGUGACCCCGAUGAGCAGGACUGGCAUCCUUACGAGUGAUGAGGGAGAAAGAGGCAUCUCUGGUCUUACAGAGUGGCUAAAGACGGGCCCAGCACACACCUUUGCUUUAGAAAGAGUUUUCACGAGCGCCAUUUAAGCUAUCUUUCUGGCAGUUUUUCUCAGAUGAGUCCGGGCAUUGCUUCAUUUUAAAAUGUAAAAUGUAAUUAUUUUUACAGCUUUAUAAUUCUUCUGCUGAAGAAGUAUUUUUUUUUAUUUAGUCGCAAACCCACACCAAUCCUCCCAAUAGACUCAAACAGAACCAACUACAGCAAUAGAGCCACAGUCACCGUUACCGCACACUCUGGCGACGAUUUCACAGCCAGGGUUUCUAACCGCCAAUAGUUCCUCGUGGAGUUUUUGGGAUGGCCAAAAAUGUGCUGCUCCACCCCACCAGGUAUGCGACAGAACCUGAGAUGAAGGUGAUGGCUUUUAGCCGCAUGAUGACGUAGCCGUAUGGUGUAGUAUGAGGGACAUUUUCGUCGCGUUUAUAGUUCCAUUUGCUGGCUGAUGCUGUUUUCUCUCACUGUUCUUGUUUCUUGUACCUUUUUAAAAUUACGUGAGAUGAUGUUUGGUGUCCUGCGUAUUUACAACAAGAGACGGGAAAUGUGAACACUGUUAGCGUUAGCGGGGUCUAUGACGUAUAUGUCAGAAACCCCUGACGAGAUUGUGAUAUAUUUAAAAAUAAUUAUAAUACAUAUUGUUUGCAAAUCUGCACAUUUCUUAAACAUUAGAGUGGUUCACGAAAACGCAUCUUGGUAAAUCUUAACUUUUCUGCAGAAGCAAGAUACUCGCUAAAGACUGAGAGUACUGUUGUUGUUUUGUUUUUUUUGUUUUGUUUUGGGUUUUUUUUGUAUUUUGUCUGUAGCAGGUAAAAUUGCUGUGAGAUUUUAUUCUUUCCAGUUACUCAGAAAUUAAAUUUCUACCUUGUUCUGUGAUUUUGGAUAUUCAUUAGUUUCUGAAUUUAUAACGUUCUCUGUUGUACUUUGUUAUAGUGAGCUGAAACUGUACCCCACACUCACAACCAGCUGGGAUUAAGAAAAUGAAAAUCAGUUUCUGAAUGUCUACAAUAAUUUUGUCACAAAAUAAGCUAAAUUUGUGAGCUGUAAUAUGUUUUAAAAUCAAAAGGAAUAUGUGAGCUCAAGAUAUAUAUUGUACACUGAAAACGAUCAUUUCAAGCUGUUUACCAAAUAAAAAAGUAACUGAGCUGUA